UAAUUGCCAAGCUUAGUGAUUUAAAUUUAAAAAAACAGUGACAAAGUUUUUGAGAAUUAAAAAAUUUUAGUUAUAUUUUAUUUACAAACUAAUUUUUUCUUCGUACUUUUUUUUACUACAAAUAAAUGCAGUUAAAGAGAGAGCAAGAAGCACUAUUAGUAAUUAUAACAAUAGCUAUCUCUUUCGACGAAGAGAGCUCAUAAGUAAAUGGCAAAAUUGAAACAUUAUUGUGAAUGAUUUGUUGCAGUGCAAAUUACACCACCUCUUGAGUGAUUGUGUGUGUUUGUUGUGAUUUCUGAUCUGACAAUUGACUUUGACGUUCUCACCACAGUUUUCUUUUAAAUGGCUGCGUCGACGGCAGCGUAAAGUUUUUACGUGUAAAGAAAAUCCCUAAAAAAUAUGGGAAAAAGUUAAAAAUUAAAAGAAAUUACACAAAUGAACCAAUUAGUUUGCAAUAAAUUAAGUGUAAACCAAAAAUUUGUGAAAAAUCAAUUUUAUUAAGUGAAAUAAAAUUUUCAACCAUCUUUGUUGUAAAAUUAAUGAAGAAAAAAUAAAAUUUCUAAUUUAUUUCGUUUUAUCUCACCGUACGUACCACUGCCCAGAAUGUGUGAUUUGGCGACGUGUAUGUGUGUGCGUAUGUGAAUUUGAUUAAAAGUGUUGUAUUGUGUGAAUAUUGUUUCACCUCGUCGUUUUAAUUACCUUAGUGCGUCGACGUCUGAUUUUGUUUGUUCUCCUAACCUACCAUUCAUUUCAUUUGAAUAUCAAAAAAUUUUUGCGGUAUACUAAAAAAUUUAUAACGAAAGAAAAGUUGCAAAGAAAAUACCUACAUACCAACCAACAACUUUUGAAAACUUGAAAAUAGUUAAGAAAAAUGUUUUUAAAAAAAAUUAUAUAAUUAGUAAUAAUAAUAAUAAUAUUAAAGCGAAUGUGUGUGAGUGUGUGUAAUUUGAAUCAUCCAAAUGUGUCAACAAGUUUUUAAACCUUUUCUUCCAUUUGCUGUUUAUUACCACAAGGAGUUCAAAACUCUGGCCAGUUUUUCUCGUCAACAACAAUAGUUCUGGGAUUUAUUUAAAUUAGCUGCUCUUCACAAUACCAACAACAAAAAACUGCCAAUGAGUCGACGACAGUCAUUGGAUCGACCAGGAAUAUUGUCUCCUCCGGGUCCGUUUUUAACGCCCAGCCCAUCACCAUCGAUCUCAGCUAGUCCACGCUUGCAACCAUCACCCUCAUUGUCACCAUUUCCACAAGAUGUACUUCUAGUAACGGGCAAUCCUUUAACAAAUAAUAGUACUCAUGAGCAGGAACGUAAAACUGUAACACCAGGUCGCAGACAGUCAAUACAUCAGUUUACUAAUGGUAGUCCAAGUGCGGGCACUGUGGUUUUCCAGCCCAGUCCGUCACAAUCACCGGCCGCUGCUACCAGUGUUAUUGGAGUAACGGGUGGUGGUGGCUUAAAUGUGGUGGCAGGUUUUCCCAGUAGCGUCUCACAAAAUACAAUAACAACGACUUUACCUACAAUAACAACGACUGGAAAUGAAUUGAAUACUACUUUAGUAGGAUCCAAUAACAUACAACUUAAUAAGAAGGGUACGAAACGCCAACAGCAACAAUUACAGCAGCAGCAGCAACAACAACAGCAUCACCAAAUAUUUAGUUCCUCUAGCCACUAUUCGCACCUACCAUCCUUAUCUACAACCACAACUAUAGCCGGCGGCUAUGGGCAAUUACAUGCAACAACGAUCAACAAUACACCGAAUACGUUUGCGACAACAACUGUGGCUAGUACGCCAAAAAAUCAAACGAAAAAAGCAGCUGCCAACAGUGCCACAGUUUUGCCCAUAGGCCAGCAGCAAUCACAGCAACCACUACAACAUCAACAACAGCAAAAUCAUCAACCACAACAACAACAGCAAUUUCAGCAAUAUCAAACUAGUAGUCCCUUAAUAGCAGACAGUCCAUCACCCAGUCCUAGUGGUACUGCUAUAACAUCGGCUUCAAUUAAACCGCCAACACCACAACCGCCCAUGCAAAUGUUGCAACAACAAUUUACCAUUGCCAGCAAUGGUAAUGGUAAUGGCGGUCCCCAGCAACAGACGUUCCAAUUAAUUCAGGGACCUCAAGGACAGCUUAUAGCGGCUGCCACAUCUCACCAACAACAUCAACAUCUGCAGCAGCAGCAACAACAACAGCAGCAGCAGCAUAGAUUUAAUCCUACACCUACAACGAAUAUUGUAACAUCUACAUCGGUGGCUAUGGGUACCAAAUCCACCAAGGCUCCCCAACAAAUUCUGCCGAAACCUCAGUUGCAUCAGCAACAUCAACAACAUCAGCAACUUAUCCAACAACAACAGCAGCAAAUUGUAGAUCAAAUUAAUUUUGCUCAACAACAACAAAAAUCGAAAACACCCAAUCCAACGCCUCCUCCGGCACCGGUUACUUCAUCAAGCAAUAUGUCUCAGCCAUCCUUAACGCAGAUCUCACAAUCAGCCCAGCCGGGUCAACAACAGCAAAUAAUUCUACCUUCUGGUGCCACAGCUAGUCUAACAACCACCGCUCAACAACCUCUGUUGCUCAACCAAGUACCAAUGUUAGUGCAGCAAAACACCCCUCAGGGAGUUCAGUUAAUUUUACGGCCACCCACACCACAAUUGACCGGCACUCCCUCGCUUGUCAUCCAGAAUAGAGCUCAACCUCAGUUGCAGCAGCAUCAACAGCCCCAACAAGUUUUACGUAUUUUAGGUACUAAUGGAGCGACCAUGCAACUAGCAGCCGCCACACCCACUUUUAUCGUUUCUUCUCAGGCUAAUUUAAUACAACAGGCAAACCAUUUGCAGACCAUUAAAACUCAAUCACAGUCACCUGCCAUAACACAUCUGAGUGGUUUACAUGCCGCUCUAUCAGCAGCAGCAGCUGCCAAUAGUCAGCAGCAAAGAUCUCAACAGUUUGCCACCACAGCAGCCACAAUCAAUGGCCAUUUAUUGAGUCCCAGUGUAGCUGCCCAAAUACAAAAUCUUCAAUUAGCAGCUGCCGCAGCAGCUAAUGGUAACGGUCUGACUGCUCAAAUACAAAUGCCAAAUGGUUUGACAACUUCCGGCGCUACGACUCUACUUUCCCAGUUGCCGGGAGCCGCUCAGUUUCAGCAAAAUUCGCAGGGCUUUAAUAUCAACCUUAAUCAAUUGAGUGGCGCCAAUUUACAGCAGAUUGCAGCCGCUGCAGCGGCAGGUGCAACAUUUCAGACUCCACCGCCACCACCACAACACACUCAAAAUGCUGCUAAUAAUGGACAGCAACAUAAUCAACAGAAUUCAGGAAAUAACAAUACCACCGUCAACAAUAACAACAACACAGCAACAAAUGAUCUCUUUUCAAAUUCAUCCAAUGCAAUGAGCAAUUUAACUCAAUCAUCACCGGCCCAUUGUCCGGUGGCAGUAACACCAGAACCCAUACGACAACCUACACCGGUAUUACAAAAUAUACCCGCCGCUAGUCCGCAACUCCAACAGAACCACAAUCCACCACAAAUACAAUUGAGCUUUAAUGCUGCAGCCACCAUACAACUGCAACAACACCAGCAGCAGCAGCAACAAGCACAAAUUCAGCAAUUGCAGCACCAGAUACAGCAAACGCAAAAUCAAGUACAACAGGCUCAACAGCAGGCCCAUCAAAUACACCAAGUCCAACAUAUUCAGCAGACUCAGAGUUUGCCACAGCCACAGCCUCAAGCACAGCCACAAACUGUGCAACAAGAAACUAAAAAGAAGCCAAAACCGAGGAAAAAGAAACCACCAGCCGCUAAUUCCUCUUCAAAUGCAGCAACGGCCAAUAACAAUAAAAGUUUAACAACCACCGCUAAUAAAUCAUUAAAUACCAACACCUCUACUACAUCGGUAUUGGCUCCCACCAUAACCUCAACGAGCAACACGAUAAACAUGGUUCCUAAUACAACAACAGGUCAAGAACAAACAGGUCAGCAACAAAUCAACACAACCACCAACGCACCACCGUUGUUAAAUCACAUCAAUCAGAAUGUUCAGGAUACAACAACGCCUGUUCUAAACCCACCAUCUUCUCCUCCGCCACAAAUACAAAGAGCCAGCAACGGAAAACUAGACUUGGGUAAUGUUAUGAAACUUUGCGGUAUAACCGAUGAAGAUGAUGAGGAUUUCAUGGAUUCCAAUCCAACCGAGGAACCCUCGCCCAACCAGUCGAUAAAUUCAACCCAAAAUUACACCAUAUCCAUACCGCAACCAAAUGGCACCAGCGAAACUUUGCCCUAUACUUUAAGCAUACCUGGCGUUCAAUCAUCCAACUCUCAAAACGAUAGUAUGGAGUCUUCUCAAGAACCAGCAGCUAAUAUUGUCAUUAAAAUUGAUCCUUCCGAAACAGGUAUGGGAGCCGCGCCAAAUGCGUCAUUACCUCAACCGUAUUCCAUAACCAUACCCCGACUACCAUCACAGGAGGAAAUACAGAAACAAUCUCAACAACAUUUGAACAACCAACAAAAUGAUAACAAUUCGCUACAGCUAAAGCAACAGCAACAGCAAACGAUGCUGACGUCACAGCCACUAAACACAAAUAUAACAUUUUCAAUGCCCAUGCAUUCUGCAGCCGCUUCAAUGCCUCCCAAUAAUAUACCCCAGUUAAUAAGCAACAGUAUGGCUCCAUCGAAUCCCAUAAACAACAAUAGUAUUGUCUCAUCUGCAAUGACAACUACGACUGCAACCACUACGGCUACAGUAAAGCCAAGAAGGAAACCAGCUGCUAAAAGGAACAAUAAAAAAGAUGCCAAUAUUGCAACUGCAACAUCCAUAAACAGUUCUAUUGGCAAUUCAAUGAAUCCUACUCAAACUGUGGCAACAUCAUCGACUGUCAUUACUCCGCCAGUCAACAUUACUACCAAUGCAAUAUCCACACCGCUGGCCACACCAGCUCUAGUACCUAGUCAGAUUGGUAACAUUCAAAUCUCUCAAAUCGACAACAGAUUGGCCAGCAAUCAAACACAAAUGGUUUCGACGCCAAUGACUUCGUUGGUCGAAAAUAAAAUACAAAUAAUGCCCAUAAUGGAUAAAAAUACUAACACCGCUCAAAUGCCUCAGUUGCAGCAAACGCAAAUUGUAUUUCAACCCAACAAUACCGGUAACAAUUUGAACAUGGGUGCUGGUCAAAGCCAACAGCAACUACAACAGGAACAGUCUAGGCCAAUGCAGUUGGUGGCGUUACCCCAGUUCUCAAACUCUUCACAAGCUUCGACAACAUCAACCAGCACUCUGAACCAACAGCAACACCAACCGCAACCAACGCUUACAAUGCCUAGUCCACAAAUUAAUACGCCGGUCACCAACGCACCCCAUGGCGCACAAAAUCCACUAAUGCCUCCGGUCACACAAACAACAAUGUUACCGGGUAUGUCCGGAAAUGUUUCCAUAUCGGUGGGUACGCCAAAUACAAUAGCCGGAAUUAUACCACAGCUAACAGGCAGUUUAACGUUAGCUGUCUCAGAACAUUGCGAAAGAUUAAUUCUAAGACACGAUCCCAAUCAGCCACAGGAUCAACAAUCCCAAUUAAUAUUGCAGGCACUAUUAAAGGGUGCUUUGCCCAAUGUUACCAUUAUAAAUGAGCCAACCAAAGUCGAGCCACCGAAACCACAACAACAGCCUACACUACCACAACCCAUGUUAACUCCGACAGGCUUAGCAACAUCCACAAGCAAUUCAACAGGAGCUAUUAGUAAAUCUAAUAAGAAAAAUAACAAACAAAGUACAGAGGUCGCAAAACCGCCAAUAACACAAAAUUAUGCCAAUCAAAUGCAAAAACCUGUGGAGGGAAAUGGAAACAGCUCUACAACAAACAUUAACAAUCUUAAUAGUAAUUUUAGUAGCAACAUUAAUAAUAAUAUGAAUUUGAGUGCUGCUAAUUCACAAAUGCCAGCCAAUGUUACUUUAUCCCAGCAACGUUAUAUAGCAUUACCCAAAAUCGAUCCUAGCACUCAACAGUUGUUCAGCUUGAAUCCCUUAAAUAAUCAAAUAACACCCAUCAACGCGAAUCAAACAACAGCAUCAAUUGGUCCAACAGAACGUUUGCUCAUAGCUCCGGCUGGAAUAAAUGCCCAACAAUUGGCCCAGUGUCUGCAGCAAGGACAAUUACAUUUCAAUGAUGUUAAUCCAUUAACAACACAACAGGCUCCUUCGACACAGCCCCAGCAACAACAACAAUUGCAAAGUAUGGGUGCAAUGGGAAGUGGCACUAGUAAUCAACAACCAAAACAGCAAAUCGUGCAUCCAAUGACUUCACAAAUGAAUCCACAAGGUAUGGUAACAACAACAACGACCACUUCUACCACAACAUCAAAUCCAACAACAGUGUGUUCCUCAACACAACCCGCUACAUCAGCAACUACAACACCAUCCACAACAACCAAACAAAUAGCUAAUGUCGCACCAAUAAUCGAUCAGUCGAAAGCCAAACAGGAUACAAAACAGAUUAACAACUCAACCACGGGAAGCACUGGUGCGGUGCCCAAAAAGAAGCCUGUUAGGAAACCAAAAGCAUCUACAACUACUGCUGCAGAUGUGGCUCUCAUGAAAAAUGCUUCAGUGGUCAAGCCAAUGCCAAAACUAGAUCCCCUUUCCCAAAAACCCAACAACAAUCCAGUACAAAUAGUGCAGCCUAAUACAGCAAGUGGCAAGCCAGUGGUAUCAACAUCAACCACCUCUACAACAACUACCACCACAUCAAAUGUUGUAACAAUUCAGCCGUUUCAAACACAAACAUCUACGGGCACUAAACUGGUGGGAGUUACAGCACCCAUGCAACAGCAGCCGCAAAAUAAUAUGCAACAGCAGCAGCAACAACAACAGCAAACGCAACAAGGCCGUGCACAAUCCAAUUUCACUCUAAACUUUUCAGCUGGCACAAAUAACAACGGCAAUACUGCCAAUGCAACACCUAAUAUGAAUACAAAUCAACCGAACCAUAAUCUAAACAAUGGUCUUCCGAAUAAUUCAUCAGCUGGAACCAAUCCGCCCGUCAAUCAGCAGCCUCAACAUACGGUUUCAAGAGUCCAAACUAUACAACUAACACCUCAGCAACAACAAAUGUUCAGACAGGUUCAAAUGCAAAUCCAGUAUUUGACCGUAAAGCUGCAACACAAAAACUUACUCAGCUCUAUGCCGUUACCAACCGAUUUGGAUCCUAAUGUCGUGGCCGCUUUCAAUAAACCUAUGAACGAUAUGGAAAUCAAUACAGCCCUACAAAGACUGUUCAUGGAACAACAGCGCAUACUAGCAGCCGGCAAAGAAAUACCCACUCCCGAACCAUUCAUAACGAAUGCAGCCAAUGCUGCAAAUGCCGCCAAUAGUUUUCCAUUAAUGCAAUCCAAUAAUUUUACCGCCGACAAUGGAAAAGUGAACGCCGGCAAUAUACCAGCGAAUGUAGUGCAACCCAAUAAUCACUCAACACUGACAGCUGCCUCAAACGCUGCGGGAAAUACAGCAAUUGGUAAUAUUCAACAACAACAACAGCCAACACAAAAGAUUCACAUUUAUCCCAUACAACAUAAGCAGACUAAACAGCAGCAAGUUACUUUCAAUACCAAUAAUUUAAAUAUAAACAAUUCGAAUAGUAAUAUGACAACACCAACAACAAUUGCCGCUGGCGGUGGCAAUAGUGGUAACAGCAAACUAAUAACAAAACAAAAAUUGAAUCAAACCCAACAACAACAACAACAGCAACUGAUAAACGUGCAACAAUCACAAAAUAAUAAUAAUAAUAGCAAUAGCAAUAAUUUGACAACAGCUUCAACUAAUUUGGUGAAUCCACCACCCACAUUAAAUCCACAAUUACCGCAAUUGUCGUCAUUAUCGACAACACCAUCAUUGCCUUCAUUGCCAUAUCCCUCACUGCCGCCGCCUCACAUGAUCAAUAUAGCAAAUAUGCCAGCAGUAUUACAGCAAAAGCAUUUCACACAACAUUUACAAAUGCAACAGCAACAAUUAAUGCAACAACAGCAGCAGCAGCUACAGCAACAACAGAAAUUACAAAAUUCUAACACAAAACCCUCCAAUAAUUUUGCGACAUUCAACGCAAACCUGAAUAAUAUGACAGGAUUUCAACAAGGACCACCACCGCUAAUAUUUCCCACAUCCACAACAACCACUAAUAAUGCGGUUGUGUCUAUAGCAGCAACAGCUACGUCAACAUCAUUGUCCACAAUACCUCAGCUAGCAGCUCUAAGUCAACAACAACAACAAACACCUCAGUUACAACAGACGACGCAAAUACAAUUCCAAACUUCAACUCUGCCGGGCACACCAACAUAUGCUGUUUCGAUAGGAAACCAAAAGGCCUAUGUUCCCAUUAUUACCUGUGCCAUAGCUACGGUGACGUCGUCCGCCCUACAACAAACAUCAGUUGUGUCAUCAGCAUCUUCCAUGAAUACUAUAGUCUCAGCUCUGCCGCAAUUAAUAACUGCCACGGCAUCAACGGCUUCAACAAUGACAACCACUACUGCCGCACCUACAGCUGCUCCAUCUAUAUUAGUACCUACGUCUUCUACCAUGGUGGCCGCAGGAUCUGUAAAACCUCUCCUAACACUAACACCCUCCUCAUCAACGAGCAGUCAUCCAUUGAAUAAUUCAAUUGUUCAGAAUACGUUAUUUAAUGGUGGCGUUAAUGUUAAUAUUGUCGGUAACCCAAUUGCUCAGAAUCAAACUGUUGUUAAAACAGAGGAACCAAUUUCACCCAAAGCAAAACUUGCUCGUCUUUCUUUAUUCCUGCGACAAUUAGAAGUGGAUCAGCAAAGUUCUUUAAAUCCCGACUACAAAAGUCCAUUUCAAAAUAAAGAAGAGGCUGUAAAACGUUUGAUAAGAUAUCAUUGCAUGUAUCAAACUGAUGAAGAUAUACCCAGUGAAGAGGAAGAAGAAUUUGAAAAGACCGCCAUAAGAUUUCAAGAUAAAUUUCGUAAAUUAUCGGGCAAAUUUCAGCAAAUAUUAUUACAAGAAUCAAUGUUGGAACAUCGUACAUCAGAAAUAUGCCAAAUGGAGAAAUUAAUGAUUGAAGAUUUAAGACAGGAAAUCGAAGAUUCAAAACAAUUAGAAAAAGACACUUUAGAAUAUGAAUUGUUGCAACAGCAGCAACAGGAAGAUAAUAAGGCCACGAUAAAUGCUAUAGAAAUGUCUGCUAUAUCCAACCCAUCGCCUUGUUCGUCUACGGUUGGAAUUUUUGAUCAAAUAAAAAAUGAGAUUAAAUCCGAAACCCUUGAUAUUAAGCUAAAUUUGGAAGAAGCUACGAAUAAUGACAGCAAUUCGAAUUUUUGCCACAACAUGCAAUCGUCCUCCGCUUCACUGGAUUCAAUUAAAAACGAAAUAAAAGGAGAGCCCUGUGAUAAUUCUCUAACCUGUUCAAGUGGUGUAAAAAGUUCUUGCAGUUCUAUGGAUUCAUUUGAUUUGUUAAAACAAACUCCUGUAGUCAAUAGUGCAUUUAAAAAGCAAGCAGUUGCUGUCAAAGAACCCAAAAAGGAGGAUAUAUCAACGCAAUGGAAACAAUCAUAUCUGGAUGGUAAAAGUUCGAAUAGUUAUUAUAAUCAUUUGGCCAGUGCCUCGGUGAAUAUAAGCAAACCUGCUAAUCAUGUAUUUAAUGGUGUGGUCAAAAAGCAACAACCAGUUGCAGCCACAACAGCUGUUGCUACUGUUGUAAAUACAGAAAUAAAAAAGGAUGAAAAAGAUAGCUUUGAAAAUUUUGAUAUUGAAUCGGAAAUUACUCCAAGUUUCAUUAUGAAGAAGCAGGAACCAAAAGAAACCGCACAACCCACAGUGACUGACAGCACUGCAGCAACAACAGCAACGCCAGUAACCAUACAAUCUUCUACUAACUCAAAUACUAAACAUCAUGGUGCUAAAUCAGCUAAACAGGCUAAAAUGAGCCAUACAUUUGAGAAUAAUGUUCACGCGACAUCAAAUAUUACAAAUACCCAUAGUUUCCAACAAAAUCUUGCCACAUCAUCUACUACAGCUCAACCGGAAGUUGUUGCAAAUAAUUUCGAUUUUUCCCAUCAUUUGCCAGUGAAUCAGGGAACUACAAAACAACAAGAAGAUGACUGGUUGUGUAUACAAAAGGAAUUAAACUUAAUGAGUUCAGUGGCCACCACAGCUAAUAAUAAGAAUACUGACAACACCACUAAUAACUCAACGCCACGAACUACAACUGAACCCUUGACAAAAACUUUGGAUUUCUUAUCGCAUACAGCUUCUAAUGACUUGUUUCCCAAUGGUUGUAUCAAUAAAAAUAUUGAAUCACAAGCUGCGAAUCAAGACCAAACGAAUGUGACCACCAGCAAUUGCAACACGACUUUAGUAGCCAGCAGUUGCAGCCAACAAAAUCAACAACCGUCUUUGCCUCUCUCAACACACGAGGAAAACCAACCAGCAGCUGAUUUAAAUGAAUUCUUCAGUGGUUCUGAAGAUAGUGAAGUUCAGAAGGAUGUUGAAACUAGAUUAGAAGCCAUGUUCGGCGAAUCGCCAGUACAUCUGACAGGCGGCAAUAAAGAGCGUUCCGAUUCACCUGAUGAUAUUGAAUCUGGUUUGGAAUCCAUUUUUGGAGAAUCAAAUAAAUCUCCCUCAAAUAACCACUGUCCUGUCAAGGAGAAAUCAAACUGGGAGGCUGAUUUUGCCGGCAAUUCCUUUAUGACAUCAACUCAACAACAUCCAACAAACUUUAUGAAUGCCACCAAUAGCAUGCCUCAUCACAUACAAUUGGGAUCGGCCAAUAACCCCAGAUGGAUGCAAAAUAUGGAGGCUCAAUUUCCCGAUUUUCUAACUAGCAGCAGUAACAACAAUGCUGCUGUCAAUGACUGUUUGACAUCAAGAAAACGUCAGUGGAAUGGUCAUAUUGUUGAUCAAAAUGCAGAACAUGUACAGCAACAAACUCAAGAUGAAGAAAGUCCCCAGAAGAAAAUGUGUGAUGGCAGCCUGAACAAUGGAGGUCUCAAUGACUCUUCCGCCUCUUCAUCAUCGCCAUUAAGUAUGCACCAGCAGCAACAGUCUCAGACACAUCAUCAUCAUAAUCUAGUGCCAAAUGAUACCUCACAUGCUCAGGAAUUAAUGGAUGCUGCAUUAUUAUCACUACAUGAUGGUUUAGGUGUAGAUAGCACCGCCCAAGAGAAUCCUUCCCAAACUAAUGGUUUUGCACACAUGAUGGGCCAUCAGAAUUUUUCUUCCUACAACAAUCACAUGGAGAACAAUCAACAACAGCCACAACAUUUCAUGAGUCUUGCCCAACAUCAAAAUAUGACUGCACAGCAACAGCAAAUGCUAAGCAAUCACAUGUUACAGAUGAAUCAUCAACAACAGGGCAACAUACACGGUCAUCACCAUGCAGGAACUGGAGAAUUUGAUGAUGAUAUAACCCGCCAUGUUCAAAAUGCUAUCGAUAGCAUAUUGAAUUUGCAGAGUUCCGAGGCAGAUUCACUAUCUUUCUCCUUAGAUCAUUCAAUGGGCUCAUUUCUAGGCGAUACUAUACUCAACGAUAAUCAAAGUGGUGGUGGCAAUAAUGCCGUCUCGUGUCAGGAGUCAACGAAACGCCGACAAUUAGUCGAUGAAUUGGGUGAUUGUUUAAUGGGCAAUUCCUCAACAGAGACACCACUGCUUAUGGAUACAACCGGUACCGCCACCCAUUCUCAAAUAAUGAAUCAUAGUGGCCUGCACCACAAUAACGUACAGCAACCACAUCAUGGCCAUGUUGCAACAACACCAACCACUGAAUCGCCAAUGAGCAAUCAUCAUCAUACCAAUGCCACAGGUGGCAGUAAUAUUUCGGUAAAUCAUACGCAACAACAACAAUUAAACGAUUUCAAUUGUGUAGUUGGUGGCAUUGAUGAUACUGUUAAGUCCAUAAUGACUUCUUGACACCAACAACCAGCAAAUCAGAACCAAAGUAAUCAGCAGCAGCAGGUGGUGACAUCAACAUCGUCAACUACUUCAGCAACAUCUUCUCUGCAGCAACCACAAAGUCAUCUUCACAAUCACCAUCCGCUUUCUACCACUACUACAAAUGGCAUUGGUGGCAACAAUAGUUUAAUAUUAGAAUUUAAUUCAGCUGCAUUAUGAGACCUCAUACCACACAUAAUACCACCACCGUUGGCUGUUUAAAUAAAUAGUAACUUACAAAGGUAGAAGAAAACAAGGUAAAUAUAUGUAGAUACAUAUUGUUUUUGUUUUUAUGACCGAUCUUACUAUAUAUACAUAUAUACAAUUACAUUCAUUUACACAAACAAUAUUUAAAAAAGAGCCUUAAAUGUUUUU